GCGGAGAAAGAGGAACAAUUAAGUUUUUAGGGAGAUGAUAAGGGCGCAGUUGACUCCCGACCGAAGGGUUCCGGGUUCAUCAUGCUAAAGUCUACAUACACUACCAAUUCCUGGCUCCUGCAAAGGGCGGCAGGCAGAAGGGUGUGAGAUGCUGAGAAAACGAGACGCUCGGAAGACUAAUUGGCCAGAGAGGCUUAGAGGCGGCAAUCUUCCGUCACGUGACCUGGCCUUGGCCUGGCCAGGGUCUCCCUAGUGCUCGGUCACGUGUGGUGGCUGUGCAUUCCGAUUGGUGUGCCCGGACCAGUUUGAACGGAGUACGGAAGCCGCAACGGUUCAUCUACGACCGCGUUUUUUUAUUCCUUCUCUUUGGCUCCCUCCUUCCGCGCGAGUCUCAGGAGAAGCCGCAGCACUAGGCGCCGCUGCUGCCGCUCAGGGCCCGCUCGCCUUGCGCCAUGGACUGGCAGCCAGACGAGCAGGGCCUGCAGCAGGUCCUGCAGCUGCUCAAAGACUCGCAGUCGCCGAACACGGCCACUCAGCGCAUCGUACAGGAUAAACUCAAACAACUCAACCAGUUUCCUGACUUCAACAACUACCUUAUCUUCGUCCUGACCAGACUCAAAUCAGAAGAUGAGCCCACCCGUUCUCUCAGUGGACUCAUUCUUAAGAACAACGUGAAGGCACAUUACCAGAGCUUCCCACCCCCUGUGGCUGACUUCAUCAAACAGGAGUGUCUUAACAACAUUGGUGACGCCUCCUCGCUCAUCCGAGCCACCAUCGGUAUCCUCAUCACCACCAUUGCUUCCAAGGGGGAGCUGCAGAUGUGGCCUGAGCUGCUGCCCCAGCUGUGCAACCUGCUCAACUCCGAGGAUUACAACACCUGUGAGGGAGCAUUUGGAGCCCUGCAAAAGAUCUGUGAAGACUCCUCUGAGCUCCUGGAUAGUGAUGCUCUCAACAGGCCCCUGAACAUCAUGAUCCCUAAGUUUCUGCAAUUCUUUAAGCACUGCAGUCCCAAGAUCCGGUCCCAUGCCAUUGCCUGUGUGAACCAGUUCAUCAUGGACCGGGCGCAGGCGCUGAUGGACAACAUUGACACCUUCAUUGAGCACCUGUUUGCCCUGGCUGUGGAUGAUGACCCUGAGGUGCGGAAGAAUGUGUGCCGUGCCCUGGUGAUGCUUCUAGAAGUGCGGAUUGAUAGGCUCAUCCCCCACAUGCACAGCAUUAUCCAGUACAUGCUGCAGAGGACCCAGGACCACGACGAGAAUGUGGCCCUCGAGGCUUGUGAGUUCUGGCUGACGCUGGCCGAGCAGCCCAUCUGCAAGGAAGUCCUCGCCUCCCAUCUGGUCCAGUUGAUCCCCAUCCUGGUCAAUGGAAUGAAGUACUCAGAAAUUGACAUCAUCCUGCUCAAGGGGGACGUGGAGGAGGAUGAGGCAGUCCCUGACAGCGAGCAAGACAUCAAGCCACGCUUCCACAAAUCACGAACAGUGACACUGCCCCAUGAGGCCGAGCGACCUGAUGGUUCUGAGGAUGCAGAGGAUGAUGACGACGAUGAUGCUUUGUCCGACUGGAAUCUGAGGAAGUGCUCAGCGGCUGCACUGGAUGUCCUCGCCAAUGUCUUUCGGGAGGAGCUGCUGCCUCACCUCCUCCCACUGCUCAAGGGCCUCCUGUUCCACCCUGAGUGGGUGGUCAAAGAGUCAGGCAUCCUGGUGCUGGGUGCCAUCGCUGAGGGCUGCAUGCAGGGCAUGGUGCCCUACCUGCCUGAGCUGAUCCCACACCUCAUCCAGUGCCUAUCAGACAAGAAGGCCCUGGUCCGCUCCAUCGCCUGCUGGACAUUGAGCCGCUAUGCCCACUGGGUGGUCAGCCAGCCCCCAGACAUGCACCUCAAGCCUCUGAUGACGGAGCUGCUCAAGCGCAUCCUGGAUGGCAACAAGAGGGUGCAGGAAGCGGCCUGCAGUGCCUUCGCUACCCUGGAGGAGGAGGCCUGCACAGAGCUGGUACCCUACCUCAGCUACAUCCUGGACACCCUUGUCUUUGCCUUUGGCAAGUACCAGCACAAGAACCUGCUCAUUCUCUACGAUGCCAUCGGCACUCUGGCUGAUUCUGUGGGCCACCAUCUCAACCAGCCGGAGUAUAUCCAGAAACUGAUGCCCCCACUGAUCCAGAAAUGGAACGAGCUCAAGGAUGAGGACAAGGACCUCUUCCCCCUGCUGGAGUGCCUGUCAUCGGUGGCCACCGCUCUGCAAAGCGGCUUCUUGCCCUACUGUGAGCCUGUCUACCAACGUUGUGUCACCCUGGUGCAGAAGACACUGGCCCAGGCCAUGAUGUACACCCAGCACCCUGAACAAUAUGAGGCCCCAGACAAGGACUUCAUGAUUGUGGCACUGGACCUGCUCAGUGGGCUGGCCGAGGGCCUGGGUGGCCACGUGGAGCAGCUGGUGGCCCGAAGCAACAUCAUGACAUUGCUCUUCCAAUGCAUGCAGGACUCAAUGCCUGAGGUCCGGCAGAGCUCCUUUGCCCUCCUGGGAGACCUCACCAAAGCCUGCUUCAUCCAUGUCAAGCCCUGUAUUGCUGAGUUCAUGCCCAUCCUGGGCACCAACCUGAACCCUGAAUUCAUCUCUGUCUGCAACAAUGCCACCUGGGCCAUUGGGGAGAUCUGCAUGCAGAUGGGGGCAGAGAUGCAGCCCUAUGUGCAGAUGGUCCUCAGCAAUCUGGUGGAGAUAAUCAACAGGCCCAACACACCCAAGACACUGCUGGAAAACACAGGUCGCCUGACGAGUCCCUCUGCCAUUCCAGCCAUCACCAUUGGCCGCCUGGGCUACGUGUGCCCACAGGAGGUGGCACCCAUGCUGCAGCAGUUCAUCCGGCCUUGGUGCACAUCCCUCAGGAACAUCAGGGACAACGAGGAGAAGGACUCUGCCUUCCGGGGCAUCUGCAUGAUGAUUGGUGUCAACCCCGGGGGUGUUGUGCAGGACUUUAUUUUCUUCUGCGACGCUGUAGCCUCCUGGGUGAGCCCGAAGGAUGACCUUAGGGACAUGUUUUAUAAGAUCCUCCAUGGCUUCAAAGACCAAGUUGGGGAGGAAAACUGGCAGCAAUUCUCGGAGCAGUUCCCGCCACUGCUCAAGGAGAGGCUGGCAGCCUUCUAUGGGGUCUAGGCUCAUGUGGAGACUGUCAGGUUUCUGUCUGCCUCAUCGUCUGAGGGAUUGCUGGGGAGCACGCUGCGUCCAGAAGUCGCUGUGCCCUGUUCCAGGGGGGUUAGGGAGGAGUGAGCGGGACCCAAAUCCAGACGCCUUCCCAGUCCGUCCAACCGUCCACUUGCCCCACUAGGCCUAUGUGGCCGGCGCUUGGGCAGGUGGGUGGGGCCUCCACGCUCAUCCUACAAACAGGGAGGGGGGUGGGACUUCUUGGCAGGCAAGAGCCCCCAGGCUCUUCUAAUGGGGUCAUCUCAGGCAGCCCACCUGGGCCAGCCACAUGGGAGGGAGGAAUCAACACAGCCGACUGAAUCCGGCUUUGGAUGAGGCGAGGGGAUCGCAGGAGGGGAGGGGGGUCCUUGUAGAGACGCGUACACACACAUGGCCACACGCAUGUGCAGGCACCGCAGCCAGCCAGUCUGGGCCAGCCGCCCCACCAUUUCCCCGACUGCAUGGAGACAGUAGAAUUAGUGAACCCCUGAGUUAAGCCGUACGGCCUUCCUUGUAACUUGCAUCUAGAGUAUAAGAAGCUUCCGCUGUUUUGCCGGAAUCGGCGGUGAUUGGGGAGGGCUGGGGGGGUUGGGGGAGCCUCAGCCGGGAUGGGGGGAGGAAGAUGGCCACUUUGAGGCCGCCCCGUCAGCACGCACACGCUUUGGACCUGCUCCAUACACUUCCCUGCCAGCUUCGUGGCAGCCUCAGCCAAUGUGUCCCCAUCCUAGUCCCAUCCCAGCCAGCAGAGUGGGGACCACCAGAGUGGCCAGAGCUGGUCCGAAUUCGCCAUUUCGCUCCCUGUGCUCCAGUGGUAUUUGUGCUCCCAGCACUGGCCUGGGGCGUUUCUUUCCUGAGGAGCUGGGACAGAGCUGCUAGUACCUAGCCCUGUGUCUCUUGCGGGAAGGAGCUUCAAGGGCAGGCUGGUUCUCUGCAUUCCUGAGAACCCCCUGAAGUGAGUGGGGGUCUUUAACUGGUGAUGAUAUUGGACAGAGGUUUAUGCAAGAAGUAACCCCAGAGCUUGGAGCAAGGGAAGGUGGAAUGCCCCUGGCCCCCACUUUGUCCCUCUGGGACUUCCUGCUCAUCACAGUGCCCAAUGGGCUUAGACCCCCACCAGACUGGGACAGCACUUCUAUAGAGAACCUUCUCAGAUUGGUUGAGGGUGCAGUCAAGGUGGGCGGGGGCUCCCCUGGAGAAGGGGGUACAGUUAUUUCUGAGUUGGCUGGGAAACUGGGCCCUGCAGACCCCUUCACUUCAUUUUUUUUUUUCUUUCCUGCUUUCUACUACUUUGGGGGGGGGGGCUUGUGUUUUGGGGUUUGACUGGAGUCCUAUAUCCUAUGGCCUGUUCCAUCUAUCCCUCCAAGGCCCUGGAUCCUACCCUGGCCAGGUGUCUUAUCAGAUAGGGUCAGGCCCUACCUCUAUUCCAAGGCGUACUUAGUGCACAUUCCAUAGUUGAGCUGUUCCUGCCCCCACCCCUACCCCACCAAAACUUGAGCAGGUCUCUGGAAGCCAUUUGUAAAAAAAAAAAAAAAAGAAAAAGAAAAAAAAGAAAAGAAAAGAAAAAACUUUUUAAUACCAUUUAGUUUUCUGCUAAUUCCACUUUGGAGCAUCCUCCACUGAGUCUUGCGGUAUAUGGAUGGAUUGGCUGUCUGAUGGAAUUGGUAACCCCCUUUCCAUCAAAGAUGGGGGGCUCUAACCACCUUCAGGGAAGGGGAGCCUGGUUCUUCUACUUUUUCUUUUCUUGUAUUCUUUUUUUUUUUUUUUUUAAGAAAGCUAUUUAAUUUUUUAAUUUAUUUUUGGUUGGUUUUUGCACAAUGAAGUUUCAGCUUCUCAACUUUAUUCCCUGUCUAGGGCUGUGGACCCAGAUUGGCCUUGAUCCACAGUCCCUCUCCCCUUGCCCCGAGUCCCUCCUCACCCUCUUUUCCCUGCAGGCUCCCAGGUCUGUCCAUUUGUUACCGUGCUGUGCUGGGGAUUGGCGCCAAGGUGGCGUGAGAUUCCACUUGUGUAGAACUUUGUUGAGUAAAGAUCAGUUUCUUGUGAAA